AUGCAAAUCGUGUUUGGAUUUAUGUUUACGACUAUGUCACUAACAACUAUUACCGCCAUUACUGUCGACUUGCACCUUGCUAUCUCAAAACCAUUUUCACACAAAAAACGAACGAAUAGUAAAAUAAUCGAGAAGGUUACAGUCAUAACAUGGGUAUUAUGCGUAAUUUUGUCUGUUGUGAUUGGUUAUAUUUUUCCCGAAUUUAUUAAAAUAUACGUUCUUACAUGGUGUGUUCUAUACUUCAUGCUGAUCUCUUUUAUUUUAUGUGUACAAAGAACGAUCUACAAGUACAUCAGACGGAAUGAAAAUAGACAAACUUGUUUCAAGCGUUCCUUUAAGGAGAUAACUGUGAUUAUUUGUGCGUUUAUUCUAUGUUUUAUACCUGGUAUUAUUGCGGAAGUGAUUUCCAAUAUAUUAAGUGAUAUGUUCGUGAAAAAUUAUAUUUUACCUUGGACGCACGUCUUCACAUUUUGUAACUGUGUAUUAGAUCCAAUAAUAUGCAUUAUGGGUACUCCUCAAUUGAGAAACAAAAUAUCAAACUUUUUUUAA